AUGUCGCUGGUACGGGCCUUCACCACGCGUCGCAGCAAGACGGAGGAUAUUCAAGACAGUGUAUACGUUGGACGUGCUGCCAGCCACCGCGGUGGGAAACCUGUCCAUCGCUCACAGAUCUCUGCGCCAGUCGCUCUGGUAUCAACGACAAAUCCUCUCUCUUACGAUGCACCCGACAUUGCAGGGACCUUUCCAAUCGCAGUUCGAAGCGCCUCUCCAACACUAUCGCCAGUCUCGCGCUCCAGUGAGGGCGAUGACAGCGAUGCAAGCACCCUCAGCAUCGACACCAACACGGAUGCAUCUUCUGUGGGGGACUCGCCUUUGACAAGCCCGGAGCUUGAGCCAAACCACCUGAGCUGCUACUUCAAGCCUGCGGUGAAUACUGCGACGCCUGAUCAUUCGCCAAGAUCGUCGACCCGCGCAUCUGUCGAUGCACCAAGCAUCCCACAGCGUGUCCCUUCGCAUUCCAAACGUGCUCACGAGAAACUCCACCGCAAGCGCUCCGUCAUGCGUCUCAUGUCUCCGCCUGCAAGUAUUGUCCGUCAUUCCACCGAGAUAUUCAGUCCACAGCAGGAGGUCGAGACCGAUUCACCACGCGACUCUCACCCCUUCAGCAGCGAGCUUGCCAAAUUGGACGAGGCAGUGGAGGACAUCACUCAUGUUGUCCGCGAUGUCGAAGACGUUGAAGAUGCCGACGCUAUGAGCAAGCAUGGACUGGCCAGAUUUGAUGCUGCUGCAUAUCUCGAGGAAAUCCACGCUUUUGUCGAAGAAGCGCAACAGGCCGAACAGCCGACCUGGUUCUAG